UUUGCAUCGGAUCCCCGAGCAAGUUUCGCUUGAACCAACUGUUUAUUCGUGAGCCCCCAUCGCCCACGAGAACACUGUACUAUAUCACGUGUUUUACACAUAAAGCCGUGCACACAUCAUCCAUCCCAGCAUUCCCGCUAUGAGUCGCCAGUUUCCAUAUUCCAGCGCGCCGCUCCGGUCCGUGAAAGAGGUUCAAUUUGGCUUGUUGUCGCCCGAAGAAGUGCGCGCCAUCUCGGUUGCCAAGAUCGAGUAUCCCGAAACCAUGGACCAGACCACGAAAAAGCCCCGUGACGGCGGCCUUAAUGACCCCCGUUUGGGCUCCAUCGACCGGAACUUUAAGUGUCAGACCUGUGGCGAGGACAUGGCCGAGUGCCCGGGCCAUUUCGGGCACAUCGAGUUGGCCAAGCCCGUGUUUCACAUUGGUUUCAUUGCCAAGAUCAAAAAGGUGUGUGAGUGCGUGUGCAUGCACUGUGGAAAGAUCCUUGUAGACGACGCCAACCCGUUGAUGACGCAGGCCAUCCGAAUCCGCGACCCGAAAAAACGGUUCAACGCCGUUUGGAACGUGUGUAAAACCAAGAUGAUCUGUGAGGCCGAUACCAUCAACGACGAGGGCCAGGUGACCGCCGGCAGAGGUGGAUGUGGCCACACGCAGCCCACUGUCCGCAGAGACGGCUUGAAAUUGUGGGGAACCUGGAAGCAAAACAAGACCUACGACGAGAACGAGCAGCCCGAGCGCCGUUUGUUGAAUCCGCUGGAAAUCUUGAGUGUUUUCAGGCACAUCAGUGCCGAGGACUGCCAGAAGUUGGGUUUUAACGAAGACUACGCACGCCCCGAGUGGAUGUUGAUCACGGUCUUGCCCGUGCCUCCACCGCCUGUCAGACCAUCCAUUGCGUUCAAUGAUACCGCCAGAGGCGAGGAUGACUUGACGUUUAAGUUGGCGGACAUUCUCAAGGCGAACAUCAACGUGCAGCGUCUCGAGAUCGAUGGCUCGCCCCAGCACGUGAUCAGCGAGUUCGAGGCCUUGUUGCAGUUCCACGUCGCCACGUACAUGGACAACGACAUUGCCGGACAGCCGCAGGCGCUCCAGAAAACUGGGCGUCCGAUCAAGUCGAUCAGAGCAAGAUUGAAGGGUAAGGAGGGCAGAUUGAGGGGUAACUUGAUGGGAAAGCGUGUGGAUUUCUCGGCGCGUACCGUUAUUUCCGGUGACCCCAACCUUGACCUAGACCAGGUCGGAGUGCCCAUCUCCAUUGCCAGAACGUUGUCGUACCCGGAAGUGGUGACUCCAUACAACAUACAAAAGUUGACCGAGUAUGUGCGUAAUGGACCCAACGAGCACCCUGGUGCCAAGUACGUGAUCCGUGACACCGGUGACCGUAUCGACCUAAGGUACAACAAGAGAGCUGGAGACAUCGCCUUGCAGUAUGGCUGGAAAGUCGAACGUCACUUGAUGGACGACGAUCCUGUCUUGUUCAACCGUCAACCGUCUUUGCACAAGAUGUCUAUGAUGGCGCACAGAGUCAAGGUCAUGCCUUACUCUACGUUCAGAUUGAACUUGUCAGUCACUUCGCCUUAUAACGCAGAUUUCGACGGCGAUGAGAUGAACUUGCACGUCCCACAGUCGCCUGAAACCAGAGCGGAAAUGUCUCAGAUUUGCGCAGUUCCUUUGCAAAUUGUGUCUCCACAAUCGAACAAACCUGUCAUGGGAAUUGUGCAAGAUACCUUGUGUGGAAUUCGUAAGAUGACUUUGCGUGACAGCUUCAUUGAGUACGAGCAAGUUAUGAAUAUGUUAUACUGGAUUCCGAACUGGGAUGGUGUUAUUCCUCCUCCAGCAGUGUUUAAGCCAAAACCUUUGUGGUCUGGCAAACAGUUGUUGUCGAUGGCAAUUCCUAAGGGAAUUCAUUUGCAAAGAUUCGACGAUGGAAGAGAUAUGCUCAGUCCAAAAGAUCUGGGUAUGUUGGUUGUUGAUGGUGAAAUCAUUUUUGGUGUGGUUGACAAAAAAACCGUCGGUGCCACCGGAGGUGGUUUAAUUCACACUGUCAUGAGAGAAAAGGGCCCUCAAGUUUGUGCUCAGCUUUUUAGCUCCAUCCAAAAGGUUGUUAACUACUGGCUAUUACACAAUGGUUUCUCGAUCGGUAUUGGUGACACCAUUGCAGACAAAGACACCAUGCGCGAUGUCACCACCACCAUUCAAGAGGCGAAACAAAAGGUCCAAGAGAUUAUCAUGGAUGCGCAGCAAAACAAGUUAGAGCCUGAGCCAGGUAUGACUUUGAGGGAAUCAUUUGAGCACAAUGUUUCACGUAUUCUUAAUCAAGCUCGUGAUACCGCUGGUCGUUCUGCUGAAAUGAACUUGAAGGAUCUGAACAACGUCAAACAGAUGGUGACUUCAGGUUCGAAGGGUUCUUUUAUCAAUAUUUCUCAAAUGUCGGCAUGUGUGGGUCAGCAAAUUGUUGAGGGUAAGCGUAUUCCAUUUGGUUUCGGUGACCGGACGCUACCACAUUUCACUAAAGAUGACUAUUCGCCGGAAUCGAAGGGUUUCGUUGAAAAUUCGUACCUCAGAGGUUUGACACCUCAAGAGUUUUUCUUCCAUGCGAUGGCAGGAAGAGAGGGUCUUAUUGAUACUGCCGUGAAGACUGCAGAGACUGGAUAUAUCCAGCGUCGUUUGGUUAAGGCAUUGGAGGAUAUCAUGGUUCACUAUGACGGUACCACAAGGAACUCUCUUGGUGACAUUAUUCAAUUUGUCUACGGUGAAGAUGGAAUUGAUGCCACAUCCGUGGAAAAGCAGUCGGUUGAUACCAUUCCAGGCUCUGAUGCCUCUUUCGAGAAGCGUUACAGAAUUGAUGUUUUGGAUCCAUCUAAGUCAAUUUCAGAAUCUUUGUUGGAAUCAGGGAAGCAGAUCAAGGGUGACGUUGCAGUACAGAAGGUAUUGGAUGAAGAAUACGAUCAAUUGCUCAAAGACCGUAAGUUUUUGAGAGAAGUCGUCUUCCCCAAUGGAGACUACAACUGGCCCUUGCCUGUUAACUUGCGUCGUAUUAUUCAAAAUGCCCAGCAAAUUUUCCACAGUGGUCGUCAGAAGGCUUCAGAUUUAAGAUUGGAGGAAAUUGUUGAAGGAAUUCAAUCUCUCUGCACGAAGCUUCUUGUUCUCCGUGGAAAAACAGAGCUCAUCAAGGAGGCGCAAGAAAAUGCGACUUUGCUUUUCCAAUGUUUAUUGAGAUCUAGAUUGGCUGCUCGCCGUGUUAUCGAAGAGUUCAAGCUUAACAAAGUGUCUUUUGAGUGGGUUUGCGGAGAAAUUGAAUCCCAAUUCCAAAAGUCCAUCGUGCAUCCUGGUGAAAUGGUGGGUGUUGUCGCUGCUCAAUCUAUUGGUGAACCCGCGACUCAAAUGACGUUGAACACUUUCCAUUACGCUGGUGUGUCUUCGAAGAACGUUACUCUUGGUGUCCCUCGUCUUAAGGAAAUUUUAAACGUUGCCAAGAAUAUAAAAACACCAGCGCUUACUGUUUACUUAAAGCCUGAAAUUGCGGUCGAUAUUGAGAAGGCCAAGGUUGUGCAAUCUGCUAUCGAACAUACUACUUUGAAGAAUGUUACCUCCUCUACCGAAAUCUACUAUGAUCCUGAUCCUAGGAGCACUGUUAUUGAGGAGGAUUAUGAUACAGUGGAGGCCUACUUCGCCAUUCCGGAUGAGAAAGUCGAGGAGACUAUCGAUAACCAGUCUCCAUGGUUGCUCCGUCUUGAAUUAGACAGAGCCAAGAUGUUGGAUAAGCAAUUGACAAUGGCUCAAGUGGCGGAAAAGAUAUCUCAGAACUUCGGUGAGGACUUGUUUGUUAUUUGGUCUGAUGACACUGCUGACAAAUUAAUUAUUCGUUGUCGUGUCAUUCGCGAUCCAAAAUUGGAAGAAGAAGGCGAUCAUGAGGAAGACCAGAUCUUAAAGAGGGUUGAAGCACACAUGUUGGAGACUAUCUCUUUGCGUGGUAUUCCAGGUAUCACUAGAGUCUUCAUGAUGCAACACAAGAUGAGCACUCCAGAUGCAGAUGGAGAGUUUCUGCAAAAACAAGAGUGGGUUUUGGAAACUGAUGGUGUCAACUUGGCUGAAGUUAUCACCGUUCCAGGUGUUGAUGCUUCCAGAACUUACUCGAACAACUUUAUCGAGAUUCUCUCGGUUCUUGGAAUUGAGGCUACUCGUACUGCGUUGUUCAAGGAAAUUCUCAAUGUCAUUGCCUUUGAUGGUUCCUAUGUGAAUUAUCGCCACAUGGCUUUGCUUGUUGAUGUGAUGACAGCUCGUGGUCAUUUGAUGGCCAUUACCCGUCACGGUAUCAACAGAGCCGAAACAGGCGCCUUGAUGCGUUGUUCGUUUGAAGAAACCGUUGAGAUCUUGUUGGAUGCCGGAGCAGCUGCUGAACUUGAUGACUGUCGUGGUAUUUCUGAGAAUGUUAUCUUGGGUCAAAUGCCCCCAUUGGGUACAGGUGCGUUCGAUGUUAUGGUUGACGAAAAGAUGUUGCAAGAUUCUAGCGUCGGCACGGAUAUGGGAGUUGCUGGACAAAAUGAUGGAGGCGCUACACCAUACAGAGAUUACGAGAUGGAGGACGACAAGAUUCAAUUUGAAGAGGGUGCUGGAUUUUCACCAAUUCAUACUGCAAACGUGUCCGAUGCUUCCGGCUCUCUCACGUCCUAUGGUGGCCAACCAUCGAUGACAUCUCCCACUUCUCCAUUCUCGUUUGGAUCUACGUCUCCAGGAUAUGGUGGUGCGACGUCGCCUGCUUAUGGCGCAACUUCGCCGACUUACUCACCAACUUCGCCCACUUACUCGCCAACGUCACCAAGUUACUCGCCAACGUCACCAAGUUAUUCCCCAACUUCGCCUAGUUACUCACCAACUUCGCCCAUUAUUCCCCAACUUCGCCAGUUAUUCCCCAACUUCGCCUAGUUACUCACCAACUUCGCCAAGUUAUUCCCCAACUUCGCCCAGUUAUUCCCCAACUUCGCCAAGUUACUCACCAACUUCGCCAAGCUAUUCCCCAACUUCGCCACAGUACUCUCCGACGUCGCCAAGUUACUCGCCAAACUUCCCUCAAUAUUCACCAGGUUCACCUGCAUACUCCCCAGGAUCGCCACUGCAUUCUACU